GGUGUCGAGAUGUGGCGAGUCGUAGACUUCAAAGUGCAGAAACAGGACGAGGAGGAGAUGGGCAAGUUUUACGAUGGUGACUCGUAUAUAGUCUUGAAUACCUUUAAAGCCGAUCCAGAUAGUGAAAAAUUCAACUUCAACGUGCAUUUUUGGCUGGGCGCGAAUACUACGCAG